GCGAAUACCACUCCAAUGGGAAUCGAGAUGCUUAGAAAGAGGAGAAAGAUUCUUGCACUCACGAUCUUACUUCAGGCGGGUGUCAGCUUCAAUCAUGACCCCCCAAGGAAUUCGCCAGCUUCGAAAUCCACCCCUCAACGACGUUGAAAUACGCAAUAUUGUUCGUUGCCAGAUACCCAAAACGGGGGUUGCCCUGCACACCCACAUCCGCCAUCCUAAUCCAAUCGGUCUUCACAUUGACUUGAUUCAAAUGAUUGAUUACACAAUGAUCAUAUGGGAUGUGUGGACUCGCUUCUCCGGUGAGAGCAGCAUACGGGACUUUUGCCACGUUGGGAAGGGUAUGAAUCUUGUAAUUUGCAGUGGAAUUCGAUUGCUGUAUACGCGAUCUCAGCGCGGGGUUAUCCUCCCCCACUGUCUCGGUGACGAGAUCCGCAUAAUCGCUGAUCGGUGGAUAAUAGUUCAGAUUCGUGACAGCCAACUCGAAAGGAGGAGCUGCCGUUCAACUAACAGACGACGUCGCGUUCUCCACGUAGGACUCGAAAGGUAUAUUCCCCGGUUCCAGGUUGACGUUUCUGACGACGAGUGAGGACAUUCAUCAGACAGCAAGAUAGGGCAAAAGGGCAGUCUUAUUAUUCUUGAUGUCGACCUAAAAUCCAGAAUUUUUCAUCCCCUGUGCAAUACCAGCCACCCCUAAGACUACGGAAUCAAAGCUCACAAAGUUAAACCGCGGAUUCGUCACAACGCCAACCCAUUUUAAGCCCUCAUACUUUUCCCGUCGAUUCCUCGAUAUUUUCCCUCGGUGCUCUCUUCGCGGCA